AAUUUAGUGAUUAUAUAAUUUCUGUAAAAAAGGAAAAUCAAUAAUUAUAAGUACCAAGUUACCAACAGAGAUAAAAUAUAUGGAGAAUCAGAUAGCAGGCAAAGGCAGUUAAUCAGAGUUCUCCUUCUCUCCGCUCCGCCCUUCUCUUUCCCCUGGCAUAUAUUUCAUUCCGCAAUCCCUAACCUGUAACGGCGGGCGUAACGUUUUCUUUCUCAUCGUCGCUUUCCAGUUAUUGAGCAUAUCAAGCACCAAACCUAACUACGUUGGAGAAACAAAUCCUUCAUUGGGUUUGUUCCAAGACUCAUGGAAGGGCGCAGCAAUGGCGAGACCCAAGGAAUCGACAGAUUGAGCAACCUCCCCGAUCAUAUUCUAAGCAGCAUCCUCUCCUUCCUCAACGCCAACGACGCAGUUCGAAGCAGCAUUUUGUCGAACAGGUGGAGAGUACUGUGGAAGACCGUCCCCGUUCUCGAUUUCGACGGGGACUUGUUCAAAACCGAGCAUAAGUUUAGCGAAUGCGUGGGUAAAGUUCUGGCUCUCCGUAACCACGAUUGCAAUCUCCGUAGCCUUGGCUUCAAUUUUGGGGAUCAUGCAUGGGAACGGCAGCCAAAUGGAGAGCUACUGUUUGGCUUCAAUUUUGGGGACCAUGUAAGGGACCGGGCUAAUGGGGAGGAGCUGUUCAAUCAAGUUAUGGUAUAUGCAGCUUCCCAUGGUCUUCAACAACUCUCUGUUCGCUGCGUCCUUGGGACCGAAGUUUCCAAUGGAACCUUCGAUAGUCUCGUGGGUUUGGUCUCAUAUUGCAAUCAGUCUCUUGAAACUCUGGAGUUUCUGAGAUUCCAUCUCACUAGUGCUGCUUACAGUUUGUGGCCCAGAUUCAAGAUGCUCACCACUUUGAAUCUGGCAUUCUGUUACCUCCAUGACCCUGGUUCGGAGAACUCCGUGGAUCCCUUUGCUAAAUUCCCCUGCUUGAAGAAUCUAAGAUUGGUCUGCUGCAGUCCUCGUGCUAAAGUUGGUCCAGUGAGUUUGAAAAUCUCUGGUCUCCAACUACUGAAAUUGGAAAUGGUGGAUCUUGUAUUUUUCCAUGGGAUUGAGGUUACUGCUCCAAAGCUGGAAUCUUUUGGCUGUUGGGGCGAUGUUCUGCUUCAAGAAGUUCCCAGGCUGAACAUUUGUUCCAUUGAUCGUGCAUAUAUUCGCGUGGCGCGAUAUGAGCAAACUGCCUUGCAGCCUCUAGCUAAGCAGUACAUGGAGUUGUUCAGAGCUCUGUACAAUACAAAGUCCCUCACCAUAUAUUUUGAUGCUAUUAAGAUACUCAGCGAGACUCGUGAUUUGCUGGAAAGUGAGCUUUCACCCUUUACCAGAUUGAUGUCAUUGAAUGUGCUCUACUCGGAACAACCAUUGAAAAUACCUUCCCGAGUGAUGCUUUACUUCAUGGGAGGAUCUUCGGAUGUGGAAGUGGAAGAGAGGAUUAAGUUCCAUAAGGUGGCACCUCCAGCUUUCCCGUAUAGUUAGAAUUGUUGUCGCACCCGAAGCUAUGCUAUCUGGCAAUCAGGAACAUUUCAUUGGUGCUGUAUGUGCUCCUUAUAGUGCUGAAUGUCUUCACAAGUGAAAUUUGAGCAGGGAGGAAUGCCAUAUCUCAUCGCAUGGUCAUAGGUUCUCUUCUUUACACCAAAAACGUGACCACCAGAUGAUGAAUACCUUUACCUAGAUGGCUGUCAGUUUGUGGGUAAGAACCAGGGAUUAGCCAGCACUGCAGUAUCGAAGAAGCUGCAGUAGUGCCGCUGAGAAGUCAAGUAGAGUAUUAUAGAUUCUUGUGAAUUGUUUUCCAAGUCGUAUGCAUGAUUCAUUCAUGGUUGUGGAGACGAUGAAUUCAGCAUUACUAUGGUCUUAUGCAUGUAACGGAGUUACCAAUUCAUACAAAGGAGAAAAGAGAUUUGUAGAUGGUUUCUUGUAUUAAGCUUCCUUGUUGAUGGAGAUGUGUUGCAGCUGUUCAUCCCCUAGAGUGAGGUGGAAGUGGAACUCCAUAACCAAAGACGGGAAAUAAGAUGAAGGCUGAAAG